AUGACCCCCCAGCAGCGCCGCAGGUCUCGCAACGAGAACAUCCCCCACAAUUUCAUCCAGAAUUGGCAAUGCCCCGGCGCUGAGGGUGCCAGGCCUGUGGUGCGCCGGCCAAUCACCGCCUGUGGAUCGUGUCGCUCUGCAAAGGUCAAGUGUACGGGCCCCCAGAAUGCUUGUGAUAGAUGUACGACCCGGGGUAUUCCCUGCAGAUAUACUGCCCCCUCCACCACCUCCUCCUCCAGCUCGCGCCCUACGACGGCGUCCAUGAGUCCUUCCAAUAAUGUCGACAGCUCCGGCUCCUCGCCCAAUAGCCACUCGCCUGCCACCGUUAACACGCCGCUGUCUGGGUCACUCAAGUCGGGAGUUCCCAUGACGAUGGAGUGGGAGAUGGAUACAGUCGACCCACUGCGUCUUAACGAUGAAGCCCACCACCAGGAUAUGAAUGGGGUUGUCGACUGGUCGAAAGACAUGUCAAGUUACCUAUUCGACUGGUCAUCAUUAGACCUGGGCCACAAUACCAUCGACCCCCUGAAUACACUCAGCACCGGCGAACUAGAUGUCUUCCCGACAGCUGCGCAGACACCCCUGCUAGCAAACCAGGAGCGUAGUACCGGACUGGCCACGACGGCAACCCCUGCUCCCUCCACGCCCUCCCAGGGUAGCUGCCAGUGCCGCACGAACCUCAUGCUCCAGGUGCCCGAAGUCCACGAGGCAAUGCAGGCCAAGCCGCAUCCGCAGCUCGACCGCAUAUUCAAAGUCACAGGGAACGUCCUCGGUGCGUGCCGGGAUCUCAUCAUCUGCGCUAGCUGCCAGGUCAGCUACGCCGAUCUCGUCUGUGUGGUGGCAGUCCUGCAGCAGACGGGGACUUGCUUUGAGAAGAUCGCCAAUGGCGACAUGACGACUAGCACGAUCAAGGUGUGUGUUGGGCAGUAUGAGGUGCCGAUCGCGAAUGAAAUCAAGCUGCGGCAUAUGCUGGUAAUGGACCUGGUGGCGCAGGCCAACUGCUUGUUGUCUCUUUUGCGGAAUCGGGGGCAGAGCCUGGUGCAGUCGCAGGGGCCGGCGCAGGACCGGCUCACGCAGAUCAAUAUAGACUACAUGCAGGAGGUUGUCAAGAGCUUUGAACAGACGCUGCGAUCGAUAGCCGAUUCGCUUGAUAAACCGGUGCCAGAUAGUUAG